AUAAAACAUCAGGACAUUUUCCACGAAAGCACAUUCCACUGUCGUCAAGCCCGCAAGACUCCUCGAAGCCACAGCAUCGAGCCGAGCCGAGCCUCACCAUCCGCUCUCGAGUUCGAAUCUAGCUUCUUGAAAAAAGCGAUUUACCACCGGACAAUCAGAUUUCCAAGCCGAGAUGCUCGCCUUCCAAAGCUUUACCUUGACCGUUUUGCUCGUUGCCAUCCUACCCAUAUGCUUGUCUCAUCCAUCGAUUCGCACCCGGGAAUCCGAAAGACGCGAGUGUCAAGGGUGUGGUCGUGACUGCAACAAGUGUGUCUACGGAGUCGCUAUAUCGCCACUUUGCGGAGUGCUGGAAUGUCGCAAAGGACCAAACGAGCGUUGCGGGGGUCAUAACAACGUCAAAGGCGUCUGUGGCGAAGGGAUGCUCUGUCAAUGCGAGAAGUGCACCGGUUGCAGCAUCGACACAUUGAAGUGUUCGGACCAAUCGUUGGACGAGCCUUGUCGUCCGAGCGAUAGCAACAUGAGCGGAUACUGGGAUCCUCUGCGCAACAACUGGUUCACUCUCGUCAAGUAAACAUCGAUAAAGAAGAAACUAAUAAGCUACAACGAAUAACGCAUUUGGACCACACAAAUAGAAUCGAGGCAGUUUAUCACCGAUACAAAAAGCUACAUUUCUCAUUACGAAAAUCUGGUGGGGAAAAUAAACUCUGGAAAAAAGAAAUCUUCAUUGAAGCCGAGUCUCCAGUGGGGGCGUCAUUUUUCACUGGAUUUUCAUUUUUUCAUGCUGGCUGUUGCGACGAAUUUCAUGUGAUUUUUCAUUAGUUUAAAGCAUUGUUAAUUAUAUAAGAAUUAACGUCGAUCAGGGAAAUGAAAAAUCGUCACAUCCCACCACUAUGAUAUUUGAAGAGUUGCGGAGUUAAAUUCAGUAUUUAUAGCUCGACAAAUUGAUCACCAGAUUCUGUCUGGACGAGCCCGGCUGCUUUGUUACGCUAGUCACGCCGAUCGCGAGCGAAAAUUCCAACAUUGCAAUCGUGUGCGUACAGCUGAUUUGUUGUUUAGUCAUUCCGAUUAAUUUUAUCAAAUAUUUUUUUCAUUCUGCUUUUUUUGUAUGUUAUUCUCAUAUUGUGAUAUGAACUUUAUUUGAUUAUUGUUAAACGAUUAUUGCAUCGUGAAGAUCGUAGGAAAUUUACGGUUCUUACUUUGGCAUCAAUUCGAUCGUCCAGAUGUGGAAAUGUCUAAGAAAAAUGAAAAUGAACGUGAGGAUGCGACGAACGAGUGCAUAUUCGUACGACUGAUGAGAAUUCCAUUCACGCAUUUACUUGUAUAGUGUCAAUUCUCUUUUUUUCUGCUUCCUAUUGAGGAUUUUCAACAAUAAAUAAUGAUACUUCGGUAA